GAGCUGAUGAGCGCUUCACAGAAUCAUGAGGUGCUCAAGGAUGGUGCCAAGCUCGGACAACAGUUGGCGGAGCUGAACCAAGGAGAGACCAACAAGGGAGACGCGCGCGUGUCACACGGCAUCUCUCGGCUCAUCCACCGGUUGAUUCGUAGGAAAUUCGACUGUGGCAUGAUCAGCUCACUGCUCACGGAUGGAUGCGGCAGCGCACCGCUCCUCCAGACGGCUCGACUGAUUGAUACCCGCCCGUUGUUCUUUAUAACUUUUGUCCUUUACGAUCAAGCAAUGUAGUAGUAUCAAUCAGCAGUAUCGGCACGCCACCGCAUGGGACAUGUGGUUAGCAAAAUCGAAAUUCAUAUAGCAGUAUUGUCACGCCUUCUUGAGGAAGAUGGGCCAUCCUGAUUGAGAGGAGGGCUGGAGACUUGCAGUUGGCACGCGCGUCUUGUCCAGAAUAGUGGAGGAAGAUAUAUAAUUGGGGUAGGCGUGUUGCUCGUAGAUACCGAUAGACCGAUAAACUAGCAGCCGUCCCGUCAUCAACCUUGCAAGUUAGAAACCAGCCCCGUCUCCAAAUUAAUGGACGUCACGGCAUGGGCAUGGGCCUCCUUCCUGGCCGUCGUCCUCGUCGUCCUAACCAUUCUCCGCCGUGGCCGUGGCUCGCAGCCGCAGGGGAACAGGCUUCCACCAGGACCGAAGCCGUGGCCCGUGAUCGGCAACCUCAAUCUCAUCGGCGCGCUGCCGCACCGCUCCAUCCACGAGCUGUCCAAGCAGUACGGCCCGUUGAUGCAGCUCCGGUUCGGGUCCUUCCCCGUCGUGGUGGGCUCCUCGGCCGAGAUGGCCAGGUUCUUCCUCAAGACCCACGACAAGGUGUUCGCCGACCGGCCAAGGACCGCCGCCGGCAAGCACACCACCUACAACUACUCCGACGUCCUGUGGGCGCCCUACAACGCCCACUUCCGCCGCGCGCGCAGGCUCUUCGCCACCGAGCUGUUCAGCGCGGCGCGGCUCAAGUCCUACAAGCACAUCCGCCACGAGGAGGUGAGCGCGCUGCUGCGCGACCUGGCCGCGGCCGCUCACGGGGCAUCUGGCCGUGCCGUGCCGCUCAGGGGACACCUCUUUGCGGCGACCAACGGCAUCAUCUCGCGGUUGGUGCUGGGCAAGAAGUACGCGGAGAAGGAGGCAGCAGGCUCGGCAGCCAUGGCGCUGGAGGAUUUGUCGGGCUUAAUUGAGGAGUUUUUCCUUCUCAACGGCGUGAUCAACGUCGGCGAUUUCAUUCCGUGGUUCGACUGGCUGGACCUGCAAGGGUACGUCCGGAGGAUGAAGAAGUACAGCAAGAAGAUGGACCGCUUUCUCGAGCAUGUCCUGGAGGAACACGAGGAGCGCCGGCGUGUCAAGGGGGAGCAGUUCGUGGCGAGGGAUAUGGUGGACGUGCUGCUGCAGCUCGCCGACAAUCCUAACCGGCUUGACCGAGACACCGUCAAGGCUCUCACUCAGGUAUGCAUGCAGGAACUUAUCGUCGGGGGUUCAGAUACCUCCAGUGUAACCAUGGAGUGGGCGAUGUCGGAGGUUCUCAGGAACCCUGAGGUCUUGGGCAAGGCCACCAAGGAGCUCGACCGUGUGGUCGGCCGUGACAGGAUGGUCAUGGAGAAGGACAUCCCAGACCUCCCUUACAUAGAGGCCAUCGUGAAGGAGGCGAUGCGCAUGCACCCGGUGUCGCCCAUGUUGGCGCCCCACCUCGCACGCGAGGACGCGUCCGUCAACGGCCACGACAUCCCCGCCGGCACGCUCGUCCUCGUCAACGUGUGGGCCAUCGGCCGUGACCCGACCUAUUGGGACGCGCCGGAGGAGUUCCGACCAGAGAGGUUUAUGGGGAGCAAGAUCGACGUGAAGGGGCAGGACAUGGAGCUGCUACCGUUCGGGGCCGGCCGCCGGAUGUGCCCCGGGUAUAGCCUGGGACUGAAGGUGGUGCAGUUGAUCGUCGCCAAUCUUCUGCAUGGCUUCACGUGGGGGCUCCCUGACGGCACAACGAGGGAGCAGCUCAACAUGGAGGAGAUAUAUGGGCUCACCACUGCGCGCAAGUUCCCGUUAGAGGCAGUGGUGGAGCCUAAGCUCCAAGAACACGUCUUCUCGUAGCGCCGCCGCCGCAAAAAUGCUAGACUCACGCAUCAUUACAGAGGUUCUACCCCCCCCCCCCCCCCCCCCCCCUCCCUGAUUUUCAGGGGGUGGGCCGA